UUACUCUCCAAAAAAGCAAAAUUGCAAGGCGGCUGUUUUACUGUGAAAUUAUGUGACUGCUGAAGUCGGUUCCUCUUAGAAGGAGUUCUGAAAUCGCUCCAAUAUCUCCACGAAAGGCAGCUUGCCUGUGAAACUCAUCCCUUUCUCUCUUCUAAGUUCUGGGUUCCUCUGUUUUGCAAAACCUCCGCAAGUUGUUUCAUUGAUUAGGAGGAGCCUCAAAAUAUAUUCUUUUAUACCGACCCUUUUUCGUCGAUUUCAUUAUAAUUUGUGAAGAUCUGUAGAACCCAUGUCGUAGGCCUCCCGAUUGGACAUCUGGGUUUUGGAUAAUCUGUUGAUGGUGGUCAACGAAUCUCGGUCUUAAUUGGGUUUCUUGCAGUUUUGAAUCUUUUUGUUUGAUUCUGUGUGCAAAUCUUGUUUUGAACCUCCUAAAGAGGAUGUCGGGACUCUCUAUAGCAUCGGUCGAUAGUAAGAUAACGUCUCCUGGAGAAGAUCUGCUAAGUGCUGUUAUACCCUUGAUGAAACUUCUAUGCGUCACCGUUAUAGGCCUAAUUCUCGCAUACCCAAGAACCCAAAUCGUCCCAAGAGCAACUUUCCGUCUCCUUAGCAAGCUCGUGUUUGCUCUGUUUUUGCCUUGCCUUAUUUUCAUCCACCUUGGUCAGUCGAUAACCCUGAAAAAUGUCGCAGACUGGUGGUUCAUCCCCGUGAACGUGUUGCUCAGCACAUUCAUCGGUUGCAUAUUGGGGUACUUUGUGGCAAUUAUAUGCCGACCACCACCUCAGUUCUUUCGGUUCACUAUUAUCAUGACUGCAUUUGGAAACACUGGGAACCUCCCACUUGCCAUUGUUGGGUCAGUUUGCCACACUUCACAUAACCCGUUUGGACCUGACUGCCAAAGAACUGGUUAUGCCUAUGUCUCUUUUGCCCAAUGGGUGUCUGUAAUUCUUGUUUAUACAUUUGUCUACCAUAUGAUGGAGCCUCCACUGGAAUAUUAUGAGAUCGUUGAGGAGGAGGCUGAGAUUCAGGAACUGCCACCAUUUAAUAACAUCAGUAGGCCUCUCCUUGUUGAAGCUGAAUGGCCAGGUAUUGAGGAUAAAGAAACAGAACAUUCCAAGACGCCUUUCAUUGCAAGGAUUUUUAACAGCAUAUCAAGUUUGUCACAGUCUACUUUCCCUGACAUUGAUCUCACGGAGGAGGUAGGUUCCAGCAAUCCCGAGUCUAUUAGGUCUGUAAAAGCUGAAUCUAUUUCUCAGAAGAAUGGUAGCAAAAGCACUAUUGUCCCCAUCAUUUAUAGGUUAAAUCACCAGUUCAGGCAAGGCUGUGGACUUCUGAAGAGCUAUCGAUUCCAGUUAAAUCAUCAGUCUAACGAUUUCCGUUUGAGACGGUGA